AUGAUAUAUAUUAUAUUAGGAAUACUAGCUCUAAUCUAUUUUAUCACUCAGCCACUCAUCGUGGUUAUAUAUUUCAAAAUCAAGUACGGUAAAAGGGUGAUCAUUCAAUAUGCCCCUAUGUUAGGACUACUCCGUACUCUAAGUCAAUCCAGAGCAAUCAAUGGAGAUGCAUUCCAAGCCUUGUCUGUAUUGAUAAAGAAUAAUAGAUAAGCAGAUAUUCUAGUUACUAAUUUAUUAUUUCGACCAUUAAUCGUAUUCUUAAAACCAAAUUACUACAAAAUAUUCAUGCAAUAACAUGAAGCAUAUACCAAAUUCCCCAUGAUAGUCGACAAGAGAUUAGUAUCAAAAGGAAUGCUUAUGGAAGGAGGAGCAAAGUGGAAAUAACAAAGAAAGCUCUUAGGAGCUCAUUUUGAGUACAACAAGCUCAUCAAUCUCAUACCAAUGAUAAAUGAUGUGGCUGAAAAGAAAUUGUCUGGUCUCCCAAACUCAAUAUUUCCAGCUAUGAACUUAGCAUCUUCAAUCACAGGGGAAGUCGUUCUUAGAGCCUUUUUUGGUGAGGAUAUCGCCAAAUUAAGUCUGAAUGGACAAGAUCCUUCGUUAUGUGUCACUCAAUUAAUCACUAGAUUUGGAUAAUUAAUAACUGAAUCCCGAUUCUUUCAAAUAAAGAGAGCAUUGCUUGAAGAAAAAGUAUUCAGCCUAUUUCCCAGAAAAAUAGAAAAGGAUCUCUUUGAGCUUAAUACCGUUAUGCUUGAUCACAUGAAAAAGGCAAUUAAAGGUAGAAUGGAAAAAUUAAAAAAUUGCAAAGACUUUGUACAUUAGGAUUAUUUGGAUGUAUAUUUAGAUGCUUAUCUAAACAAAAAUGAUUAAAUGGAUCCUCCUAUCACAGAAGAUGAAAUUUUAUAAUAAUCUAUAACACUUUAUUUUGCAGGAACUGAAACUACAGCUAAUCUAGUAACUACAGCAUGUUAUUUUUUGGCGGAAAAUCCACAUCUUUAAUAAGAAAUUUAUUAAGAAAUUCUUGAAAUCCUAAAUGGAGAAUCAAUAAUUACUGCUAAACAUUUAUAAAAUUUAUAAAAAGUUACAGGAUUUUUAAUGGAGUGCCUUCGAUUAAAACCAGUGGCUCCUAUGUUGAUAUCCAAAAAAGCUUUAUAGGAUGUAUACAUUAUGGAUAUAUUCAUUAAAAAAGGAUGGUAUGUCAAUUAUAUGGUAUUGUCUAAUGCAUAAAACUAGAACUACUUUCCAAAUCCAAAAUAAAUAGAUAUAACAAGAUGGAAAUCAGAUGGAACUUUAAAGGAUUCAACUAUCGACCCGUUUGCUUUUGUACCCUUCUCAGCUGGAGGCAGAAAUUGUAUAGGUUAAUAUCUUGCAUUGAUUGAGAGCAAAAUUGUUAUCUCUAAAAUUCUAAUGAAAUAUAAGUUGAAAUUAAAUGAAAAACUAAUAAAAACAGAGUGGAUAGCUAAAAUUACUUAUGGCUUAUCAAAUCAAGAUUACAUCACAUGGGAGGCAAGAUGA